AUGACUGCCUCGUACCAACCUCCUUUUGCCCUCGUCACUGGCUGCAACAGUGGCAUCGGUGAGCAACUUGCUAUUACUCUUGCCAAGAACAACUACACAGUAUUGGCCACAGCUAGGCGCGUUGAGUCUCUCGACAACCUCACAAGACAGCAUGCAAAUAUAAUUGCGCUUCCUCUAGAGCUUGGUGACUCCACAAGUAUCGAAAGGCUCAGAGACUCGGUCAUCAAAUACACCAAAGGCCGUCUAGACAUUCUCAUCAACAAUGCGGGGAUGCACUACGCAGCGCCAGCUACUGACAUUGACGUCAACCAAGUUACUAAAUUAUUCUCAGUCAAUGUUGUAGCGGUCAUGCACAUGUGCCAGCUCUUCAUCCCACUUCUGCAAAAGGCUCCUCGGCCACGCAUUGUUCAAAUUGGAAGCGUCACCCGUGACGUUCCUGUUGUAUGUCAGUCGGUGUAUAACGCUUCCAAAGCGGCUCUCAGCCAGUAUACCAAGACUCUUCGUGUGGAACUAAGGCCUCUGUCCAUCGAAGUCAUUGAGGUCGUUACUGGCUAUGUCCGCAGUAACAUCCUCCGAGACGGUGUUCUCAUCUCCGACGACUCACUAUAUCGACCUAUCAAAAGCACCGUCGAGUCUGUAAAGAACGGAGGAAACAAGAAUGGCAUGCUUGCAGACGAAUAUGCCCGUGUUGUUGUUCGCCAAAUUCUGGGCAACAAAUACAAGCGGGAAAUAUGGGAAGGUCAUCGGGCUCGCAUAUUGCGCCUGAUGGUGACAUUCUUCCCUCCCUGGAUUCACGACGUCAUCAUGGCUACAGCGCAGGCAUUACUGCAACAGAAGCUGACGAUCACACCCAAAACAGCUUCUCUCCUCAUACAAGCCGGUUACAGCGAUUAUCGCGAACUCAAAUAUGCCACGCCGAAUAGCAUAGUCGAGCAGUUCACGUCCAAAUUCGGUAUCCCAAAGACAUCCGCCUCCGCUUUUCGGCGUGCAUGUCGCAGACUGGUCUUUCUUGGAACACAAGAUGAUCCGGAAGAGCAGGACAAGAUUUGCGCAGACUGGACCAACAAAGCUCUGGCCGCUCGUGGAAUUUGGAGGGCGGACUUUGAUGAUCUGACAGGCGAGCAGAUUGCAGAGUUGCUUAUGGGUACGGCAUAA